CGAUGGGAAAGUAAAGAAAUAUGAGUUCGGAGUAUGGCAUAAACUCCCCAUCGUUAGCCCCAACUCCCUCUCUUCUGUUUCGGAGUAUGGCAUAAACUCUCCAUUGUCAGCCCCAACUCCCUCUCUUCUGUCUGGUUGAAUUCUCUCUCUCUCUCUCUCUCUCUCUCUCUCUCUCUCAUGGCUUCCGCUUCCAAGCACCAAAACCCGUCAUCUUCCAAACCUCCAAAAACCCCAGUCAACCUCAAUCCCAUCACCCACACUGACCCCCAAGACCCUAACCCCUCUGCCAAUACGGCCGCCGCCACCCAAUUCUUCACAACCUCCGAAGACCUCGCCCUCUCGCGCGCCUCCCACCUCACCCGCCAGCAGCUCCUCCGCCGUCGCUCACGCUACCUCAAGCAGCUAUCCAAAUCCUACAGGGGCCACUACUGGGCCCUCAUGGAGGAGCUCAAGAUCAAGUUCAGAGAGUACUACUGGGAGUACGGUGUCAGCCCUUUCAAGCAAGAGCAACAACAGCAUGUCUCCGAAAGAGAAAUCGAAGCUGGUCAUCUCGAAGGCAGUGGUGAGAACAACAACAACAGCAACGUGAAUUUGGACUUGAAAUGCAACCAACGGUGCGUAUUCGUGGGGUGUAAGCUUAAGGCUAUGCCAUUGACGAGCUUUUGCCAUCUCCACAUCCUUUCCGAUUCCAAUCAGAAGCUCUACAAGGCUUGCGGUUAUGUUAUAAAGAGGUUUUUCACUCCUGAGCAGGAGGUUAAAAGGCUCCACAGAGACCCCAAUCUGGGCAAGGAAGGCAUCAAAAGGAGACCCUACAGUGCUCAGGCUGGACCUAUAACAUGUGGGAAGCCCAUAUUGAGAUCCACCAUUCCUUCUCUUUGUAGUGUCCAUUUCCAAAAGGCCCAGAAGCAUGUCACAAGGGCUUUGAAGAAGGCGGGUCUGAAUGUUUCCUCAUCAAGUAAGCUUGCUCCCAAAUUCCAUGUUCUAGUGGCUGAAUAUGUACGCCAAAUUCAAGCCAAACGGAGAGCUUUAAGAAGGGAAAAUAGAAUUGAAGUUUUAGUCAAGGAAGAAAUUGCAAGCUGAGCCUCAUGUCUCUUGGUGCACGCUAUAUUGGUGAUUGCUUAAAUGAUACGAAAAGCUGAGGUGUCUAAAAAUGCUGGCUUUGACAGGAAAGAACUGGAGUAGGCAUGCGUUUUGUUUCCAAAUAAAUGUCGAAAGCUGCACUUGCACAUAUUGGUCUUUUCCCAAAAGGUGCUGCCUACUUUUCUGGUCAAGUCUGUUGGAAGUGGUGCAUGGUUUCAAGCCCUCUAAAACCUUUGCUUGAACUCCAUUUUUCCUAUAGAAAUUUAGGUUGAAAUCUAUUAUGUCGAACUAUUAUGUCGAACUAUUGUGUGUAAUGUUGUAUAGCCAUUUUAAUUCGUGAAAGAGGUCAUGUGCUCUCUCUCUCUC